AUGAUAGAAUAUUUAUUUACUUUAUUUUUGUUUGUAUUAAUUGCCUUUAUAUCGGCAUUUUUAAUUAAACCAUCUUAACCUAAAGGUAAAGCUAUUUUUAUAAAAAUAAAUUAAAAAUAAAUAAAUAUAGGUGUAUUAUUUGGUUUAAAAAAAAAUUAAAAGAUUGAAGUUAAUUUAGUUGAAAGACAAUAAUUAUCUCAUGAUACAUAUAAUUUUAUUUUUUUAUUGCCUGACCCUAAUUAAACACUUGGAAUAUAAAUUGGUUAACAUUAUAUUAUACAUCAUUAAAUAAAAGGUGAAGAAGUAACAAGAAAAUAUACACCAACAUCAGUUCCAACAAUGAAAGGAAAAUUUGAAUAAGUAAUUAAAAUUUAUCGUCCUAACAUUCAUCCCAAAUUCCCUGAAGGAGGAUAACUUACACCUGUGUUAGAAAAUCUUGAAGUAACAAAAAAAUUAAACUUAAAUAUAUCAAAAAAAUCAAUAUAUAAACAGUUACCAGCUUAAAUCUAAAUAUCAGGUCCUUAUGGGAAAUUAUUGUAUAAAGGAAACGGAAAUUUCUAAAUCGAUAGAAUAUAAGAAGGAGGUUUAAUUGAAAAAAAGAAGUUUAAGAAAGUAUGUAUGGUAGCAGGAGGCACAGGAAUAACUCCCAUGUACUAAAUUAUAUAGGAGGUUUGUAAUAAUUAAAAGAUAAUACUCAACUUUAUUUGUUAUUUGCGAAUAAAUCAGAAGAUGAUAUAUUAAUAAAAGAUUAUUUAGAAAAAUAUGCUGAAACUAAAAAACUUAAAUUAUAUUAUACUUUAGAUACGCCUCCUUAAAAUUGGACUCAUUUUUCAGGUUUUAUUACUCUUGAAAUGCUUUCUUAAGCUUUCCCUGAAGUUUCAAAUGAUACUUUGUUUUGCACUUGUGGACCUUUGCCAAUGACUAAUUUAGUUAGAAAACUUGCUUUAUAAUUAGGAUUUAAAGAAUCUUAAUUUUAUAAAU